AUGCAUAAAACACCUCUUCACCUUGCGAUCGAAUUCAACAUCUUGGAGGUUUUCCGGUGGCUGAAAUUAAAGACUAGUCCCCUAGAUUUGUGCCCAAUUGACCGCAGCUCUCCUCUUUGGGACGCGGUGGCAAGUGUGCGUGACGAAAGCGUCACAAUGGUCGAGGAAAUACUUCCGCAGGAGCCCAAGAAGUAUCUUGAUACUCGUACCUGUGCCGAGCUUUUCCGUAUAACCGUGGAAUAUUUCUCCGAGCUUGCCCUGGUACUCGGUGCUUCUUGGAAACGGCCAUCUAAUCCUGCUGCCGAAAUUGCCGUCGAAAAAAUCGCGAUUCAGAAGUGCCGGGCAAUCAUGAUGAAGUCAAAGCUCGGUCCCCUUCGCUUCGCUGAAUCUAAUGACUUUCUCGAAAUGCACGAGCAGACAAAAACCCUUGCUCGCGAUCUUGGCCUUGAAAAGCUCGCUCUGUGCAUGGACGAACAUCCUAGGGUCAAGCCUAAUCGUCAAAAGCAGAACCGACAAAAGCGCAACUGUUAUCGUCAAUGA